AACACACACUCCAGAAACCUACUGAUUAAUCUUCCUCUGAACACUCCAUUCCUAACAACAUGUGCUACUACGGAGGGUAUUAUGGAGGCCUGGGCUAUGGCUAUGGUGGCCUUGGCUAUGGAUAUGGCUGUGGCUGUGGCUAUGGCUGUGGCUAUGGUGGCUAUGGUUAUGGCUGCUGCCGCCCACUGUGCUGUGGAAGAUACUGGUCUUAUGGCUUCUAUUGA